UCAGGCGCUACUCGGUCAGGCUUGAUAGAGGGUCCUGAGGCUCAAACGGUCGCGGAGGGAGUAUAGCGUCAUGGCUUCGUCCUCUCGAGCCCAGGUGAUUUCUCUUUACCGGACGAUGCUGAAGGAGAGCCAAAAGUUCUCCUCCUACAACUACAGGACUUACGCACUGCGGCGUGUGCGCGAUGCAUUCAGGGCCAACGGGAAAGUGGAGGAUCCAGUAACUGUGGAGAGACUGAUGGAGGAAGGAAGACGAACGCUGGGAGUGAUUCAGAGACAGGUCAGACACACAACAGACACACAACACACAGAGACACGACAAAGACAGACACACACACUGUCUUUUUGUGUCGUUUUAGGUUUCUGUUUCUGUCAAACCAACAAAAACGUGUUAAAAUCAUUGUCUUUUUGUAACUUUAGUGGUUUUUGUGUAAUUUUUGUUUCAUUUUAGCAAGUUUUUGUGUCA